AUGGCGGAUUUUCAGAAAACGGGGUCAGAGCUGCAGACCAUAAAGCAGUUAAAAUAAACCUGCAAAUGAAUAUAUACUGUAAUGAUCUAGAUUUGCAAAGUAGCCAUUAUCGCACAUUUGAAUAGGAUUUGUUUCUUUUUAAUUCGUUUAACUUUCUCCUGUUGGUGUGUAACGGCCGUAUUUGUAGCUUUACAAAGAGAAGAGUGUCCAAAACGAACCUCGGGUUUCCCUGGCUAGAGGAGUGUCCAAAACGAACCUCUGGUUUCCCAGUGUGCAAGAAAGUGGUCAGCACAUUUUCCUAUAGUUGGAAGCAGCAGAAGGCCCUGAUAAGUGCACAGGAUAAACUGAGUCUGCCCCUCCACAAGCUCAUCACGGAAUCCCCGACAAGGUGGGGUUCUCACCUGCAGAUGAUGGAAAGAGUCCUGGAACAGGAAAAGGCCAACCUACAAGUCCUGGCAGCAGACAAAAAAACACGGCACCUUGCACCCUCCUGACAAGACAUUGAGGUCUUUGAAUCUAUCACAGCAGCACUUAAGCCCCUCCAGGAGAGACAUACGUGAGUGUGUCCUAUCUGAAGCCUGUUCAAUAUGGAGGUUCUGAAAUUAAAUGAUGGCGAAGCCAACCUGACCCGAGAGAUUAAGAUGAGGGAUUAAGAUGAGGGUCCUCAAUGACAAAUACACCAACCCUGAAACAGAUGAGCUGCUCACCAAUAUCUACCUUUCUGGACUCAAGGUUCAAGACCACCUACAUGACCACUGAGAAGCUGGUGAAGGUGAGAGCUGCCUCCGAGACAGAAGCCCCCCUCGUAUGGGAACACAGCCGUGGGAGACUUCUCUCUUGAAGAGGACUAGAGUGAGAGAGAGAAGGAAGCUGCCACUGCUCCACAAUCCGCAAAGAAGUCCAAGAAGAGCCUUGGGAGCUUCUUUAAGAAAAGCAGUAGUGCACCUGCCUUAAGAACCCAGAGACAGGUCACGGAGUGAUAGCUGGACAGCUACACUCUGAUGAUGGCAGCAGACAAUCAGGCUGAUCCUCUGGAGUGCUGGCGAGUUCACGCUUCCCACAACCACCAUGGCUGAGGAGCGGAGGCCGAAGCAGUGCACUGUGGUUCUGCCCACGGAGUCAAUGAAGGCCAUGGCAGAGUCCAUAGGAGUGGGGCAGCUACAGGAGGAGAGCUGUGCCGCCCUGAGCGAGGAGGUCAGCUACAGAAUAAAGGAGAUCGCCCAGGACGCGUUGAAGUUUAUGCACCAUGGAAAGAGAUGUAAACUGACGACCAGCGACAUAGAUCAUGCUCUUAAACUGAAGAAUGUAGAGCCUCUCUAUGGCUUCCAGUCGCAGGAAUUCAUCCCGUUCCGCUUCGCCAGUGGAGGAGGGAGAGAGCUUCACUUCUACGAGGAGAAGGAGGUAGACCUCAGUGACAUCAUCAACACACCCCUCCCUAGAGUCCCCCUUGACGUUUCGCUCAAAGCUCACUGGUUAAGUAUUGAAGGUGUCCAGCCUGCAAUACCAGAGAACCCACCCCCAGCCCCCAAAGAGCAGCAGAAGACUGAAUCUACAGAGCCUCUCAAAGCCGUCAAGCCUGGUCAGGAGGAGGAGGGCUCCAUUCAGAAGGGCCAGGGAGCUACAUCUGCAGAGGCUAAAGGAAAGAAAGAUGGUCUGAUGAGGAUGAAGCCCCGCAGUACUCACGAGCUCUCAGUGGAACAGCAGCUCUACUACAAGGAGAUCACGGAGGCCUGCGUCGGGUCCUGUGAGGCCAAGAGAGCUGAGGCCCUACAGAGUAUCGCCACAGACCCCGGGCUCUACCAGAUGCUUCCCAGAUUCAGCACUUUUAUUUCUGAAGGGGUCCGUGUGAACGUGGUGCAGAACAACCUGGCCCUGCUCAUCUACCUGAUGAGGAUGGUCAAGGCCCUCAUGGACAACCCCACUCUCUACCUAGAGAAAUAUCUGCAUGAGUUGAUCCCAGCGGUGGUGACGUGUAUAGUGAGUAAGCAGCUGUGUUUGCGGCCUGACGUGGACAACCACUGGGCUCUGAGGGACUUCGCUGCCCGUCUGAUGGCCCAGAGCUGUAAGACCUUCAGCACCACCACCAACAACAUCCAGUCACGCAUCACUAAGACCUUCACCAAGAGCUGGUUGGAUGACAAGACUCAGUGGACGACACGCUACGGCUGUAUCGCUGGACUGUCUGAACUAGGACCUGACGUGAUCAAGACGUUGAUCCUGCCCAGGCUCACUGUAGAAGGAGCUCGUAUCAAAGCUGUGUCUGAUGGACCUGUUGUCUCCAACAUUGAUAAGAUAGGAGCAGACCACGUCCAAAGCCUUCUACUGAAACACUGUGCCAGCGUCAUCGCUAAAGCUCGUCCCCUGCCUGACAACGUGGAGCAGUACCGGGCAGACUACGGUUACCUGGGGCCCAUGCUGUGUUCUCAUGUGGUCAAGGCCAGGGCCCAGGCAGCACUACAGGCCCAGCAGGUCAACAGAACCACACUCACCAUCACACAGCCUCGGCCCACCCUAACGGUGUCUCAGAGCGGAAUAGGAGGGUCAGGGGGGUCCCGUACCGCCAGCAUCAUCAAGGUACCCAGCUCCCUCACCCUCAUGUCCACCCGACCAGGCACCCCAACACAGCUAUCGCCCCCGGCAACCAAGUACAUCGUCAUGGCAACCAGCUCAGGAUCAUCUUCCACCCAGCAGGUGAUCACUCGGACUUCCUCCUCAUUGACCAGCGCUACCUCCACGCCUCAGCCUCUGGUCAAGCUGGAGUCCGGAGGGUCCGGCGGCCUGGGGGGGUCGCGACCCCUCCAGAAGUACAUUGUGGUGUCCCUCCCCUCGUCCUCCUCUCUGGAAAGUAAGAGUGGGGUGCUCCCUCCCUCUUCUUCCGCCUCCCCCAUCUUGCUGGAAGCCAGGAUAAAGGUGGAUUGCUCAGACUCCCCCAGCGCCAGCACACAGUCCCCGCACUGAGACUCUGGGUGUGUCCCAAAUGGCAAACAAUUCCCUUUAUAGUGCACUACUGUUGACCAGGGCCCAUAGGGCUCUGGUCAAAAGUAUUGUGCUAUAUAAGGAAUAGGGUGCCAUUUGACACUGGCUUGUAUUUGGCUGAGUGGGGCGAGACAGCCAUCUGAUUGGCUGAUAAGAGACUAGGUGCCUGGGAGCGAGGACUUUUGGUGCAGGUGUUGAAACUAGCUUCUGGAGUAGCAAAGGAAUUGUCAGAAAACAGGGGAUGUGGCAAGAAAAAGUAUGUGAACCCUUUGGAAAUACCUGGAUUUCUGCAUAAAUUGGUCAUAAAAUUUGAUCUGAUCUUCAUCU